AUGAAGGAAUGUGGUUGGGGGACUUGUCUCCAAGGCGCCAAAAGCUCGAAGCCCUGUGGCCACCGGGAUAUCCACGCGCUGGUGAUGGGCGGAGUGCAGUCCCGGAGCGGGCAUUGGCCGUGGCAGGCCAGUCUGCACUUUCAGAAAAUCCCCCUGUGUGGAGGCAGCCUGCUCAGUCACCGUUGGGUGCUCUCGGCUGCACACUGCUUCAAUAAGAACCGUGAUCCCUCCCAGUGGAAAGUUCAGUUUGGUGAGCUGACUUUCAAGCCAUCUUUCUGGAACCCGUGGGCCUAUGCCAGUCGUUACAGGGUGCAGAAUAUCAUUGUGCAUCCCCACUACACUGGACUUCCAGCCAAUGAUAUUGCACUAAUUGGGCUGGCCUCCUCUGUCACUUAUAACAAGAACAUCAAGCCCAUUUGUGUCCUGUCCUCUACCUUCAUGUUCAAGCACCGGCCUGACUGCUGGGUGACUGGCUGGGGAGUACUCAAUGAACAACACGCAUCUCUGCCUCCUCCCUACAUGCUCCGGGAAGCUCAGGUCAUGAUCUUCAACAAUACCAGGUGUAACUACCUGUUUGCACUGCCCUCUGGCCGUGGUAUGAUAAAAGAUUCCAUGUUUUGUGCUGGUGCUGAGGAUGGCAGUGUAGACACCUGCAAGGGUGAUUCAGGUGGACCCUUGGUCUGUGACAAGGACGGACUGUGGUAUCAGGUUGGAGUCGUGAGCUGGGGAAUGGGCUGCGGUCAUCCCAACCGGCCCGGUGUCUACACCAACAUCAGUGUAUACUUCCACUGGAUCCAGAUGGUGAUGUCCCGCGGUGUGCCCAGGCCAGACCUCUCUCAGCUGCUGCUGCUCCUUGCUCUGCAGUGGGCUCCUGCACUCCUGCAGCUGAUCCAAGGCCACCAGAGCCUAUGAGGCAGCAUUGGCACACUACCCCCAGACUGCGGGCAC